AUUAGGUCCAAAAUCUCCAAAAUGAAUUCUUUGUAUGUUGGUGACCUCCACCAAAAUGUCACCGAGGCAGACCUAAACGAGAUGUUUAGUGAGGCUGGACCAAUCUUUUCUGUCCGUGUAUGUAGGGAUCGGCAUACACAUCGUUCCCUCGGGUACGCCUACGUUAACUUUUAUCAGCAAGACGAUGCUGAGCGUGCCCUGCUCAUGUUCAGCAAUGAUAUGCUCGAAGGAAGAUAUCCACGCAUCAUGAGGUCUGAUCCUGACUGUACCCUGAGGAAGAGUGGGGUGGGAAACAUCUUCAUCAAGAACCUGAACAAGAAGUCUAUAACAAACAAAAACCUGUACGAGACCUUCUCAGCAUUUGGAGACAUCUACUCUAGCAAGGUAGUUUGUGACGAGAAUGGCCAUUCCAAGGGUUAUGGUUAUAUUCAAUACAAGACCCAGGAGGCUGCUGAUAGAGCCAUCGAGAAAUUAAAUGGCAUGUUAAUGGAUAACGAAAAAGUGUUUAUCGAGCGCUUUAAGUCACGCAAAGAGCGAGAGGAGGUGCUUGGAGCCAAGGCCAGAGAGUUCAACAACGUGUUUGUCAAGAACCUUGGCAGAGACACGAACGAUGAGAAACUGAUUGAGCUUUUUGGAAAAUAUGGACCAACCGUUAGUGUCAAGGUUAUGAAAGACGAUAACGGGAAGUCGAGUGGGUUCGGUUUUGUUUGCUUCGAGAGGCAUGAGGAUGCACAGAGAGCCGUGAACGAGAUGAACAGGAAGGAGCUAAACGGGAGACUGAUAUAUGUAGGCCGCGCCCAGAAGAAAGCAGAGCGCCAGGCGUUGCUGAAACUCAAGUUUGGGCAGAAGAAGCCUGAGCCCAAGGCCAAAUACAGAGGUAUAAAUCUCUUUGUAAAGAACCUGGAUGAUGCCUUUGAUGAUCACCGUUUAAGGAAGGCGUUUUCUGCAUUCGGAACAAUCAUCAGCGCCAAGGUGAUGACGGAGAGCGGCCGCAGCAAAGGCUUUGGCUUUGUUUCCCUCUCAUCCCCCGAGGAGGCCACCAAGGCUGUGACGGAGAUGAAUGGCCGUAUUGUGGGAACCAAGCCACUUUACGUGGCCCUGGCUCAGAGCAAGGAACAGCGCCGACAAUACCUGGCAGAGAGGUACAAGCAGAGGAUGGUCAGUGUCAUGGCAGUGCCUAACCCCAUCAUCAACUCCUACCAGCCUCCUAUCCCACAGGUAAAUCCAAACAAGACCUUUUACUUCAAUGUGUACAUUCCACAGGCCCAGUCCCAUGCAGCUGCCUACUACUUCAGCAACCAACUGGCUCAGCUGAGUUCCAGCCCUGGCAUGAUGCCCGUUCAGCGGAUAGCAACUCAGGCCUUGGGCCAGCGCCCACAUCAUCCUGCCAGUGCAGAUGCAGCCACUGCCAUGAUCAAGCCUCAGUACAAGAAUUCAACAUUCGCAGCUGGCGAUGGCGUACGCAAUAAUCCUCUGCUCCCCACGGCAGUCCAGGAGCCUCACCAAGCUAAAGCCGGACAGAAAUCUGUCCCAAACACUGGAGCUUGA